GGAAUCCCUGUGGACAAACAGAUUGUACUCGGUAGAAGUGCCUCGAACGCCGGGGAUCGGUGCCGAAGGACCCCUGCAAUAGGUAUUUGCAGUCUGCACGUCUCCGAGUUUCGACUGCAAGCUUACCUAUAGGUGGACGAAAUUCGCCUCGUGCAGCUUGCAAAAGGAGCGCUGCCUGGCUGGAUUGAGCCUGAACUUCCCUUUCCCCUUCUCCAAAGAACGCCACACGCGCUGCUUAAAUUCCUGUCCUCCUACCUUGUUGGAACUUGUCCAACCUCUCAGCCCAUCUCUCCAUCCCUGUCAAUCCUUGCCCCUCCUUCAGAGCAAGAGGCAUAUCUCUACUAAGCGCCGGCCACGAAGACAUAUACCAUGGCAGUGUCAGAGGACGACAAGGCAAAAGCCGUUGCCCUGAAGAACCAGGGCAACGAUGCCUUCAAGAAGCACGACUGGCCCACCGCCAUAGACUUCUACACCCAGGCGAUCGACAUUGACGACACAGAGCCCACGUAUUUCGCGAAUCGAGCGCAGGCCUACCUCAAGACAGAAGCGUACGGUUACGCAAUCCAGGAUGCGACCAAGGCUGUCGAGCUGAACCCAGGCUUUGUCAAGGCUUAUUACCGCCGUGCUCUCGCCCAUGCCGCCGUUCUCCGACCGAAGGAUGCCCUCAAGGAUUUCAAGACGUGCACGCAGAUCGACCCAGGGAACAAAGAUGCCAAGCUCAAGCUUGUUGAGUGUCAGAAGAUCGUGCGCCAGUACGACUUCUUCGCGGCUAUCGAGGUUACGGAUGCGCCGUCGGCUGCGGAAGGCCUCGAUGUCGCCUCCAUCGCCGUGGAGCCAGACUACGACGGCGUGAGGCUCGGCGACGAGAUGACCCAGGAGUUUAUUGAUGACAUGACGGAGCGAUUCAAGAACGGCAAGAAGAUACACAGGAAAUAUGUCUACCAGAUCAUAUUGGCCGUCAGAAAGCUGGUUUAUGAUGAGCCGACGAUGGUGGAGGUCAAGAUUCCUGAUGAUGUGCAGCUCACAGUUUGCGGCGACACCCACGGCCAAUACUUCGACCUUAUGGAGCUUUUCAGGUUAAACGGAACUCCUAGCGAAAAGCACUGGUACCUUUUCAACGGCGACUUUGUUGACCGUGGUUCCUGGUCGACCGAGAUUGCAUUGUUGCUCUACGCAAACAAGUGGCUCAGGCCAAAUGCCUUCUUCCUGAACCGCGGAAACCACGAGACAGAUGACAUGAACAAGGUCUAUGGUUUCGAGGGCGAAUGCAAGGCCAAGUACAACGAGCGCAUCUUCAAGCUCUUCUCCGAAAGUUUCUCAGCGCUCCCCUUGGCCACGCUGAUUGGCGAGAAGUACUUUGUGCUUCACGGCGGCCUCUUCUCCGAUGACAACGUCACCUUGGAUGACAUUCGAAAACUGAACCGCCACAAGCAAAAGCAGCCCGGACAGGCCGGCCUGAUGAUGGAGAUGUUGUGGACAGACCCCCAGACGGAGCCUGGCCGCGGACCCAGCAAGCGAGGUGUUGGCAUGCAGUUCGGACCUGACGUCACAAAACGGUUCUGCGAAAAGAACGGUCUGGAGGCCAUCAUCAGAAGCCACGAAGUUCGCAUGGAAGGCUACGAGGAAGAGCAUGACGGAAAGUGUAUCACUGUGUUCUCGGCUCCCAAGUAUUGCGACAUGACGGAGAACAAGGGCGCUUACAUCAAUAUCGGCCCCGACUACAAGCUCGAAUUCAAGAAGUUCGACGCUGUCCCUCACCCCAAUAUUCGGCCGAUGGUAGGUGUUCCGGCAGACGUUGCCACCCCACAUUGCCAACCACUGCUGACACAAUACAGGCCUAUGCCAACAGCUCUAUCAUGUCGUCUCUGAUGUGAGCCAGAAAUCUCUAGAUCAUAUCGGGCGUAGACCUGGAUAUAGAAGCAAACUACAGAGCAUGCUCGGGAGUUGGAUUGAUUGGUUGUGGGUGGCGUUCGGUUCCGGUGGGAAAUGCGCUCGCGUUCGUGUCCGUCAAAAAUGGCGGGUUUGAAAAGCUUUGUGCCUCGAGGCGAAGACCGGUCACGGACGCGCAGCAGAGCGUCAGAAUUCGGUUGGCCUGGUGUGAUGACAUGGCCCAGGUGUGGGAGGCACCACCAGGAUAGUAGCUUGUAUCCUUGGGGAUCCCCAGGCAAGAAAAAGAUACCUCUUCUCGCACAGCAAGCAAAGACUUAUGAUUCUCCCCAGAGCUUCCUCUGCUCAUGCCGUCCCACCAGUGCGCCGAGCCAGUCCCCAGCUGCUCGGAUGAUGAACCCCGUUGAGUUUCCCGACCCCGACCAUGCGGUCAGAGCGGCGGCGAAGGCUCCUAGAUCUUGACGGGGGACCCGCACCCAAGAUUCUUUUCCUUGCACCUUGAGGAUGUCGAUGGGCAUGCCUGAGCCCGUGGCGCCGAGGAACUGCUUUAGUGCGGCAGUCAGGUAAGAGCGUAGCUGGAGGUCAUCCAAAUCCGAGCUGGCGGUGGUGAUGAGUUCCAAGUGAGCGUAUGCGUAGGUGGGGCUCCUGAUGGUUGUGGAAUAAUAGAUCUCGUGAGACUUUGACUUCUUGCCCGAGGAUUUGGCCGUCGCCUCUUGGGCUGGCUUAUCGACGUCCAUCGUUUCAGCUUCCAUGUUGUGCUGGUCCCGGCUUAAUUCUCCCAUUUAGAACCUUUAGAUGGUGUCGAGCGGAUUGGUG